GAAAAUGAAGGAGCGGCGAGCGAACAGGAAGAAGAAAAGGAAGCUAGCUGCAGUUUAGCUGCUUUUAGCGUUUCGAUAAUGGCGCCUUUAGACCUCGAUAAGUACGUAGAAAUAGCGAGACAGUGCAAAUAUCUGCCUGAAAAUGAUCUAAAGAGAUUAUGUGAUUAUGUUUGUGAUUUGCUGCUUGAAGAAUCAAAUGUUCAGCCAGUCGCUACUCCGGUUACAGUUUGUGGAGACAUUCAUGGUCAGUUUUAUGAUCUAUGCGAGCUCUUCAGAACUGGAGGCCAAGUACCAGACACAAAUUACAUUUUCAUGGGAGAUUUUGUAGACAGAGGAUAUUAUAGCUUGGAGACUUUUACACACCUGCUAGCUUUAAAAGCCAAGUGGCCAGAUCGUAUCACACUCCUUCGAGGGAACCAUGAGAGCAGACAGAUAACUCAAGUGUAUGGAUUUUAUGAUGAGUGUCAGACAAAGUAUGGAAAUGCAAAUGCCUGGCGGUAUUGCACGAAAGUGUUUGAUAUGCUGACUGUGGCAGCUUUGAUAGAUGAGCAGAUCCUGUGUGUCCAUGGUGGUCUCUCACCGGACAUCAAGACUUUGGACCAGAUCCGAACCAUCGAACGCAACCAGGAGAUUCCUCACAAGGGGGCUUUUUGUGAUCUUGUGUGGUCAGAUCCAGAGGAUGUGGACACCUGGGCUAUCAGUCCACGAGGUGCUGGCUGGCUUUUUGGCUCCAAGGUUACUAAUGAGUUUGUUCACAUCAACAACUUGAAGCUCAUCUGCCGUGCACACCAGCUGGUUCACGAAGGCUACAAGUUCAUGUUUGAUGAGAAACUGGUGACCGUGUGGUCAGCGCCCAACUACUGCUACCGCUGUGGGAACAUUGCCUCCAUCAUGGUCUUCAAGGACGUCAACAGACGAGAGCCCAAGCUGUUUCGAGCCGUUCCCGACUCUGAACGUGUGAUACCUCCUCGAACAACCACCCCCUACUUUCUCUAAUGAUAAAGCGGAAGUUUUCUCUUAGCGCUACCCUCUGGACUUCUCAUCCCUCAAAUAUUAUUCAGCAAAAGAUUACAUGCAGGAAAUCUUAUAAGACUUCCUGGAUUUUGUUUUUUGCACUUCUCUCUGUGCAGCUGAAGAGCACCUGUUGGGUCAGCCAUCAGAUCCAUGCCGUGCUUCCUUCCUUUUUUGUAAACUCACAACAUGUUUUAGGAAAUUAACACAAGUUAAGAGUGUUUUGAGUAGCAAAGAGUUUCUUUAAGCUACAGUCUGUUUGCACCACACCCACAUUCUGCCAUAAAAGUAGGAAACAUCUUUUUAUACGCCCAAUGCCAGACUCAUACUGUUAAAUGACUUCAUAUUUUAAAUAAUUACAAUUUUUGAUCUUAUGUAUCCCUCCCAAGGAAAGUAAUUGACAAAUAUUUAUAGUAGCGCGUGCCAACAAUAGAUGCAUAUAAGUGACGUGAUAAAUACUGUUUCCUUUGAUUCACUGUGUAAAAAGCUCCUGAGCGAUUCUCUCAGCGUUUUGCCUUAACUGCUGAUUUCAUACUUUAGCUUCAGUUUAGUUUUCCUUUUUUAUUUAUUCAGUUCAAAAAGUGUCUUGCUACUGCACAUGGAUUUUUUUUUUUCUUUUUUAAAUGGCAAGUUCCCACAGGUAUCUUUCUUUUUAAAAUUUCCCAUCCAUCUCCGCAGUGUGAUGAAUUAUGGCAUUUUAUAAGCAGAAUCUUUAAUUGUGGAAAAAUAAAUAGCUGAAAAGUAGCUGUAAUUCUAGGAGAGCAUAGGCCUCUUUAACAUUGUUUUCCUGUUUUUGUUUUUUGUUGUUGUUGUUUUAAUUUCAAUAAAACAUUCUUCCUUAAUA